AUGGAGCCGCCGCCCGCCCCCGUCCUCACGCCCGCCUCCUCUCUUGCCCCGCCCGUCGCCCCGCCCCCAAUCGCCGCCUCCGCGACGCCCACGUCGGCCCAACAGCCGCCCGUCCUGAGCCAGGCGCAGGUCGCGUCAGUGGUGGCCGCCACCCACGUCCUUGGCGCCAAGCGCGGCGGCGUGCUGGCCAGCACGUCGUCCCUCUGCAGCCCGCAGUCGCCCUGGCCCCCGCCUCCUCCCUCGCCCCGCCGCAGCCGCCCACCACCAAGCGCCAUCGGAAGACGUUGUCGGUUGGGCCGAAGGGUGCUGCGGUGGCCAAGCUCGCCACGGAAGGGACCCCGGUCGUGA